UGAAGUUCUCAAACUUGAUGCUGAAAUGAAGGAGCUUGCCUCUUCCUUGAUCGAAUCAGAGUCCCUCCUUGUGUUCGGAAGAGGUUAUAACUAUGCCACUGCAUUAGAGGGCGCCCUCAAAGUUAAGGAGGUCGCACUGAUACACAGCGAAGGCAUGCUUGCUGGUGAGAUGAAACAUGGACCGCUGGCACUGGUGGAUGAAAACCUUCCCAUCAUUGUCAUUGCGACACGCGAUGCAUGCUUCAGCAAGCAACAAUCGGUAAUCCAGCAGCUACUUUCACGCAAGGGGCGCCUGAUAGUGAUGUGCUCAAAGGGAGAUGCGUCUGCCGUAAGUCCUAAUGGGUCCUGCAGGGUUAUUGAAGUUCCAGGGGUCGCGGAUUGUCUCCAACCUGUGAUUAACAUAAGUCCACUACAGUUGCUUGCAUACCAUCUGACUGUUCUCCGUGGAAACGAUGUGGACCAACCAAGGAACCUGGCGAAGAGUGUGACCACACAAUAGGUAGGGGUAGAGGA